CGUCAGUUGUUUAAUGUCAGUUGCCCGAUUCGCAGAUCGGUCGUUCGAAAGACGUGAUUCCAUGGCGGUUGUAUGCGAUGCCCAUUCAACGUGACGUAGCACGCAUCUUCCGAAUCGAUUCGAACGUUGCGAGACGAGUAACGGAGAGCAAACUCGCCCGUGUGAAAAUACAAAAGAGAUUCGUGAACGAGAGCUAUCGAUGAUCGUGUCUCGAUCGUGUUCAAAGCGUGCCCAUGCUCACGUGUUCGUUAUUUCCUCUGUACGACGUAGGCUGAUCUUAGCUAACCGUUAAUUUUUAUUUUGAUCUAUUCGAUAUAUCGAUGAGUUUAAAUGAAUUUGUCGAAACUCUCACCCUGGUGUAACCCUUGAAAUAGAGUUAAGAAAAAUAACGAUUAUAGCGAGACUCUACAGUAGGUUCUCCAUCCCGAAUCCACACAGUGCCUCGAGAAAUAGUCGACACGCGAGGAGCGGGUGUUCCUUCUGCUGCAAAUGAUAGCCAGGGAACGCGAACUAUUUUUAAGUGUUUUGGCAAUUAGAUCUAUAUUUACGUGAUCCGGGGCUUCGUUUGUUGCCGGGAAUCGGUUUUGUGCAAUCCGGUGCAUGGACUACCGAAUCGAUCGUAUGGAAAUUCGGACGCGAGUUCGAGAAAUAGUCAAACAGUCUCGCGCUUUUAACAAACGUCCUCCAAAACGGAUUCCACGCGAAGAAAAUGAAAACGCACGCAGCUUCGCGUCCCGAAAGCCGCGCGCGUAAUGGAUAAAUUGUCUCUCUGGAUCUCAACAGUGCAGAAAUUGCUGCCAAUUAGGAACGUCGGUGCCACGUGCUACCUACGCGCUCGCAACCGCGUUAAAUUUUCGUCAAAUAGGUGAACCGCCGUUUCGCGAGUCCCUCGUGACUUCGAUCGACCAUCCUUUUGCGCGACCGGACGAUUUUUCUUAAGUCUGAUUCCCACGGCGCGUUAAGAGUGCGUUCGUCUAAAGUAGCGAUGAGAACUCCCUCGGAUUUAAUCAUCUCACCGUCGGUGUUCCUUAACUUGUACUUGAACCACGUGUCACACAGAACUAUCAAUUCAGUGCCAGCGAACAACUCGAACGGCACCGUCGAGGCUGACAGUAACAAUAAUGGUCAAACGGCAGCCAGUCUUCAUCAGUUACUUUACUCGUCCAACGAGGAGUACCCUCCAACAUCGUCCUCGGGGAAUCACGUUUCCUCUUCUCAGCAGGGAAACGAACACAAUGAGGACUGCCGCUUUCAGUACGUCCUCGCAGCGGCCACGAGCAUCGCAACGAAAGUCAACGAGGAGACGCUCACGUACCUGAACCAGGGACAAUCGUACGAGAUAAAACUGAAGAAACUGGGCGAUCUGUCCGCGUAUCGCGAGAAAAUUUUGAAGGGAUAUCCGACCUUUUUGUUUCAGUCGACGAUACGCAUAUGCUUCCACGAGAGGCGACUUCAGUACACGGAACGGGAGCAGAUGCUCGCUUGGCAACGCGCAAGACCCGGUGAAAGAUUACUGGAGGUUGAUGUGCCACUCAGCUACGGUAUGGUGGAAGUUUGUCAACCAUCUCCGUCGAAUAACAGCGUGGAAUUCAUGUGGGAUCCUACCAAGGAAGUUGGCGCUUACAUAAAGGUGAACUGCAUCAGCACCGAAUUCACGCCAAAAAAGCACGGUGGAGAAAAAGGCGUGCCGUUUCGAAUCCAAGUGGAGACACGGCUACCAGGUGGGCCCCGUCUGCAUGCCGCUUCUUGCCAAGUGAAAGUCUUCAAGUUAAAGGGAGCCGAUCGCAAGCAUAAACAAGAUCGGGACAAAAUUUUGCGACGACCGCCGCACGAGCAGGACAAAUACCAGCCAAGCUACGAUUGCACGGUUCUCUCCGACAUUCCUCUAGAGUCUUUAUCGUCGUCCAACCUAAUAGCCCAAAACGGAGAAAGUCCUUAUGCUUCAACGGAGGCAGUAUCACCCCAAUCCCGCUCGACCAUAAGUGGCAGUACUUCGCCCGUGGUUGCGCCAUUGGCACUGUCGGUUUCCAAUCCUUGUAUCGUACCACUGGUCCCUGCCUCGGACGCCACCAAGGAAAACGUGGGAACGGCACCGGCUCUGCCAUCGCCUGCGGCGAUUCUACCAGACCAGUCCUGCAUCAAAGCAGAAGUUAGUUUGCCCGCAAAGAAUUUAGACCACCCGAGGCAACUAGUACCGGUAUCAUCGUGCCUGGCUCCAUUGUCACCUGAUGCGAACGCAGCCCAAACAAACACGUGGCUUCGUGCAGGUCGUUUCAGUGCCUUCGAGUCCACGUUCGCGAGCUUCUCGGCUUCGGAUAUCUUGCGACUCUCUCGAGACGACUUGAUCCAAAUCUGCGGGCUGGUGGACGGUAUCAGACUGUUCAACGCGCUGCACUCGAAAGCACCGACCCCAAAACUCACUCUGUAUUUCUCGUUGGAAGACAAUGGUUCCCUUUGGAGGGUUGCCUACUUGGACAGUUUGAGCAGCAGCGCCUUGAUGAACAAGCUGCUGAACACCCUGAAUUUACCUCACGAUCGACUGCAUUCUGUACUCUUCCUUGGCCCGCAGGGUAUCCAUGUUUUGGUUACCGAUGAAUUGGUAGCGAACAUGAAAGACGAAAGCAUGUACUUCGUUGAGACUAUCAAAGAUAACGCGAGCGAACGAUACAAGCUACUUCUGAAGCCGUCGUCGCGUCCCUAAAGUGCACAUCGAUUAAUAAAUUAAUAACAAAACUGGGUAAUAGCGAUCUUCCAUGUGUCCUACAUUGCCAAAUGCAUCUGUGAUUCGACGGGAAAUUAUAACGUAGAGAAGCAUUAAAAUGUUUACUACGUAAAUGUAAAUUUUCCAGAGUUCUAUCCUUUUUCAAUGCGUCAAUUACGAUGAAAAUUAUAGACGGAUUUUUGGAGUCGAUUUUGGAGUUAUUUCCUGAUAAAGGAACAGAACAGUGUAGGUGACAAUAUCUUUAAUUCUUAGCUAAUGGUAGACGACUACGCGAUCCUUUAAAGAUAAACGAUUCUUCGAAAGAAGACGAUAAUAUAAGUUCCUCGAAGAUGAGGACUUGUUUGCAAACGAAAAGAAAUCGAUUUUUACUGUAUAUUUAAUACUCAUUAGAAGGUUUCAGUAUAAUUGUAUCUCGAACGAUAUCUAUAUUUUUGACGCUUAAUAAGUGAGGUAUUUUCACCGUUACAAAAAUACAUACGUACAUAUAACGUGCAUAUAUUUCCUUCCGAUUUUUUUUCGUAGCUUAUAAGGAGAUCGUUUUUAGUUUGAAGUAUAUUUAGAGAAUAUCUAAGUCGCGGCAACAUCCGCUGUUACUCAAUCUUUGUGCCACGAGAGAAUUUGCAAAUCUAGUUUGCGAAAUGUUGUUGUUGUUACGAUUAUUCAUCAGCAACGAAUCUGUUGUAAUUAGAAAUUUACAGACGUCAACUGGAGCGUUAGUCGACGACGCUGCUGAUGAGUAUGAUCUCUAUUUACACAAAGUGUAAUAUUUUUUAUUUCUAUAAAUUACAACGAUGUUAUAUAGUCCUGUAAGUCUGAAAAAAGAAAACGGAAAGUGUGCAUCACCGAUAGGAAAAAAAAAAGUACGGUACCGAUGGUUCUGUUCUUCGAGAUUAAAAAGAGCGUCCGUAGAAGAAAAUACAAGUGCCUUUUCCGUUAUUAGCCAAACGUUAGAACUGUAAAAAUAACAAAGAGAUUAUCACGUCGAAAAAAAAUGAUGAAAAUGUUUAUUCUGUUUCGUAGUACAAAUUGAAAAGGAAACGAACAAUUUUCCUUGAAUGCUUCGAGGGUCUGGGAAAAAAAACGCAUGAAGUAUUAUAAACUAUUUAUCAAACGCUAAAUCGUAAGUGUAAUGGAAUUCUUGCGAAGAUACGAACGGAUACGAAUCCACGAAACGCGACAAGUGUUUAUGGUACUGCUACCGACAGUUUUCUUUUUUUUUUUUCUCUCAUUUUUUCUAUAUUUUAUCUACGAUCGAACUGCAGCGGUGUAUCAAACAUGCUCGAUGCGACGUAUAACACGUAUCCGUUUGCAUCGUAAGUGACCUCGAAUGUACCGUGUAGCAAUUGAGAAGGCUUUACGCGUUAUUCGAAAGAACUGUCUAACAUUAGUGUACUUUAAGGUGUACUCCGCCGUGACACACGGGGAAAUUCGAGCGCAAAUUGGUAAACUGCAUGCGGUAUAGUCCAUUAGGAAUUUCCACCCAUGUCAUGUAUAUCACAGAACGGCACAAUAAAUAAUUCUCUGAUGCCAAAUUA